UCUCGGAUAGUGGUAACGGUAACAACAGUCGCCAUGCUGUUUCUAGUGUUACUUUUCGUGAUAGCAGCUCUGAUAACACUUCAAUACGCUCGAUGGAUCCGGAUAAACAGCUACAGCAAGCGGAUACCUUCCGUCGAACCGAUUGUGCCUAUUUUGGGACACAUUCCGAUGCUGUGCGGGAUCAACACCCAGGAGAUAUUCGAAUUUUUCGUCAAGAGCUUCCAGCAGGUCGACCGGAUGGGCAAGAUCAUGCUUGGACCCGUUCCGAUGGUGAUGGUGAACCAUCCGGAUUUGAUGGAACAAAUCCUGACGAACGGCGAUAUGUACAAUAAGCCAUUUUUGUACGAUUUUUUCGAGCUUGGCGUCGGAUUGAUCACGGAACGGGACGGGGACAAGUGGAAGCAAUCUCGAAAGGCUCUAAAUCGAACAUUCAACUCCCAGAUACUGAGAGGUUUCCUUCCGUUGAUGGAUGCGCGAGUGAAAACAUUGGUUCAAAAGUUAGAGCCAUAUGCUGGGGGUGGAGAGAUUGAUCUGCUGGAACAUAUUGCCGAGUGUACCCUGGAGAUGAUCUUCACCACUACUAUGGGGCGGUGUGAGGAGAAACUACCAGGACAGACCAGGUUUCUACAUCAUGUAGAUCUGUUGAUGAAGCUCAUUGGAGAACGAAUCUUCAACGUGAACCAAUUUUUGGACGUAUUUUACCGCAUGACAAAAUCGUACCAAACGAGAAAGGUUUGCGAAGAUGUUGUUAACGAGUUUACGGAAGCGAUCAUUCAAACCCGACGUGAGGAGCUUGAAAAGGAAAGACGACUAGCACCAGAGCAGGAUGAGUUUCACUCGAAGCUACUGAUCUUUCUAGACCAGGUGCUUACAAUACGGAAAGGCGAAGAAAACACUGGGUUUACAGAUCGUGAGAUUCUUGAUCAUCUCCUCACUAUCAUGGGAGCGGGUCAGGACACUUCCGCCUAUGCUGUAGCCUACACCUUGCUGCUCCUGGCAAUGAACCCGAACAUCCAAAACAAGGUUGUAGAAGAAAUAAACUCCGUGUUCACCUCCAACUCGGUGGAAGUCACCGUAGACACCCUGCAACAGCUCAAGUACACCGAACAAGUCAUCAAAGAGUCGCUUCGGCUCCUGCCAGUGGCACCAAUUUUGGGACGCGAAACAAGCAAAGAAAUCGAGCUCGAUGGUGUCCGGAUUCCCCCGAACCAAAUGAUCAUGUACAACCUGUACGCACUGCAUCGGCGACCGGAUGUUUGGGGACCGGACCCGGAACGGUUUGACCCGGAUCGAUUCGGACCGGAAGCAGUCACGAAUCGGCAUCCGUAUGCUUAUUUGCCUUUUAGUGGUGGGCUGCGGAACUGCAUCGGCUGGCGGUACGCGCUCAACUCAAUGAGGAUCAUACUGUUGCGGAUCUUGCAGAACUAUGAACUGAAAACCGAUCUUAGGCAGUCGGAGAUGCGCUUCAAGUUCGAGAUCACUAUGAAACUGAUCGGUCCACAUCGGGUGUGGCUGACGAAGAGACCGAAGUGAAGCUAGCGAUGGAUUACAUUUUUCAAUUGAAAUAUGUCAUGCG